UAGGAUAUCACACAGAAGUCUAAAAAUAUGAUAUGCAUACUUAGAAUAUGGAUAUUUUGUAGCAUGAGUCGUUUUUUAAUUGCUCUCUCAUUGCUGUCGGAUCAAACAAAUGGAAGCUUGUCCAGAACGUUCGUGACUGAUGGUGAUUCUAAAGAAUCAGAUACUUUCCGUCACUUUCUUAACCAAGAAAGUCUUAUAAGAAUGAGUUUAGUAAAUACUGUUCAGUCCCUGAUGAAAGACGUGUUAACAUUAAAGGAAUCCACGGGAUCUAGAAUUUCUCAGUUGGAAGCAGAAGUAGAGGAUCUCAAAUCAGAAAACCAACGACUUGAUUCUGAGUUACAGAGGACCAAGGCAAAAGAAGGAAACUUAUCUUCGUUGGUUGCUUCUUUGCAGGCAUCAUUGUCGAAUGUUUCAAGUUUCGUUAGUGGUAAAUCAAAGAAAGUAGCCUUUUCUGCCACAGUGUCCUCCAGCAGCUCUUCAUGGAACAGCGGGACCCUGGUAUUUCCCUCCGUCAUCAGUAAUGAAGGGAAUGGAUACAAUCCGAGCAAUGGAAUGUUUACUGCUCCUACAGCCGGGAUGUAUGUCUUCUUUGUGAAUGUUCAGAGUUAUCAUGCAAAUACUAUUUAUGUUGACAUUGUCUUGAAUGGAUCUACAAAAGUCAGAACAUUGGCCAACGGUGGCAGUGGUUCUGAUUAUUAUGACGCAGGUCCCAAUAUGGUGGUGCUGACUAUUCAGAAGGGAGACGCGGUGUGGAUCAGACAUUUCUCUGGUUCAGGCUAUUACGACGGUCCUGUUACUACUUUCUCUGGUUUUCUUAUAUAAUUAUCACACCUCCCUUCCUUAUCAAUAUUCAGGGUCAUAAACCCAACGGAGCAAAUUACAGGACAUGUGUUAUAAUAAAGAUUACGUUGUUUACAUAUUAAGAAAAUUUUGAAGCAAUAUUUAGAUAUCCUUCACAACCUCCGUAAAUAUUAAACAGCUUUUAAUAAACAAAACUAAGCACAUGAAUUGUACAUAAUGCAUUUUAAUUAUUUGUCGUUAUGUUUAAGCCGAUACAGUUUUAAGUACCAUUUUAACAAGAUUAUCAAUCGUAAUAAAUGCCAUUGAAAAUUUAACAU